AGAAGCAGCCGAACAGUGCAUUUUGGUGAAGCACUAAAGAUCUUGGGCUCUUUAAAAAAAACUGUGGCAUCUCUGUAAUACAAAUUGGGGAAACAUGAUAUGUGCUAAUGGAGCAUGCAGACACAUAAGAAUUAUCAUAUGGUUUCUUCUUCUCUAUAUUCUUGUCAAGAAGGUGGUCCCAGAAGAUGAUACAGAGGUUGCCACAAAGAGCGGAAGAGUCAAAGGGGUGAAUUUGCCUGCACUCGGUGGAAUUGUAACAGCUUUCCUUGGGAUUCCUUAUGGAGAGCCACCUACUGGGACACUUCGGUUCAAAAAGCCACAGCCUAAGAAACAAUGGACUGUAGUUUGGGAUGCCACCAAGCAUUCAAACUCUUGCUAUCAGAACAUUGACAGCACUUUCCCUGGAUUUGCAGGAUCAGAGAUGUGGAACCCAAACACAAACCUGAGUGAAGACUGUCUCUACCUCAAUGUGUGGGUUCCUUCACCCAAGCCUAAAAAUGCAAGUGUCAUGGUAUGGAUCUAUGGAGGAGGCUUCCAGUCGGGGACAUCCACACUGCCGGUCUAUGAUGGCAAGUUUCUAGCCCGAGUGGAAAGAGUCAUUGUUGUUUCACUGAACUACAGGUUAGGGGCACUGGGAUUCUUGGCUUUGCCAGGGAAUGAGGAAGCUCCAGGAAAUGCUGGGUUGUUUGAUCAACGGUUGGCACUUCAAUGGGUCCAAGAUAACAUAGCAGCCUUUGGCGGUAAUUCUAAGAGUGUGACAAUAUUUGGAGAGAGUGCCGGGGCAGGAGCUGUCAGCUACCAUCUCCUUUCUCCUAAAAGCUAUCCUCUUUUCACUAGGGCAAUCAUGCAAAGUGGUGCUGGAAAUGCUCCUUGGGGCGCACUUCUCCCCUCUGAAGCGAGGAGAAGAACGCUAGCUCUAGCUCACCUCCUCCAAUGUACAAGUAGCAACGAAGUGGAGAUCAUUCAUUGUCUUCAAAGCAAACAUCCCCAGGACAUACUUAGCAAUGAAGUUUCCGUCUUAAUGUACAGCAGUCUUUUAGAGCUGUACUUUAUUCCAGUGGUUGAUGGUGACUUUCUUACUGAAAUGCCAGAAACAUUGCUAAAGAAUGGGAAGUUUAAACAAACACAGAUCUUGAUGGGUGUGAACAAAGACGAAGGAGCAGUUUUCCUCGCCUACGGAGCACCUGGCUUCAGCAAAGACAACAACAGCCUAAUUAAUGAUGCAGAUUUUCGGGCAGGUUUGAAGUUCUCCUUUCCAGAAAUGAACGACCUAAGCUUGGAAUCCGUACAUUUUCACUAUACAGACUGGGAGGAUGAAGAAAACCCUUUCAAUUACCGUGAUGCCAUGGAUGAUGUCUUCGGAGAUUACAAUUUCAUAUGCCCCGUGGUAAAGUUCAUAAAACAUUUUGUAGAGGCAGGAAACACUGCCUUCUUGUACUUCUUUGAGCACAGAUCUUCAAAACUUCCUUGGCCAGAGUGGAUGGGAGUACUGCAUGGUUAUGAAAUAGAGUUCGUAUUUGGACUACCUCUAGAGAGAAGAGCCAAUUAUACCAAAGCAGAGGAGAUACUUAGUAGGUCUAUGAUGAGAUAUUGGGCAAGUUUUGCAAAAACUGGAACACCCAAUGGGACUCAGAUUAAUGGGACAAGAUGGCCAGUCUUCACCACCACCGAACAAAAAUACUUAACAUUAAGCACAGAAGCUUCAAAGAUUCGUAGAAAAUUACGUGCCCGGCAGUGCCGAUUCUGGGAUAUAUUUUUUCCUGAAGUCCUGGAGAUGACAGGAAAUAUUGACGAAGCAGAACGAGAGUGGAAAGCCGGAUUCCUUCGCUGGAACAAUUACAUGAUGGACUGGAAAAAUCAAUUUAAUGAUUACACUAGUAGGAAGGAAGGCUGCACAGGUCUCUAAUUAAAAGUUUCAGCCUUUCUGGAAUGCCUGUAUUGUCAGAGAUCAAGGCAAACACACAGAUAGCUAAUGUAGCGCAUCCAGCCAUGAGGCAUGUUAUGCAGGCUCAGUGACAUGUCGCAAAUAUACUGGCUUUCCAAGGCCAUUUCUAUUUAUAUCAAUAAGCUCUUCUACACUUCAAAGCUUCAGGAAAUGCAAAACAAACUGUAGGCCCCGGGAUUAUUGUUGCACCCAUAGGGGCCAUAAUCCUACUCUAAUCACAUGCAGAAGAGGUGUUGCCAUACACAGGUAUGUGGUGGGAUGUACAUAUGAGUGCACAUUCCAGCCAAAGCAAUGCACCUUAGACCGACCGUAUCCUUCUUUGGAUGCUCGUUCAAAUGUGCAUUGGAAGACAUAUCUCAUUCACGGCCACUGUUCUCCAUACUGCAAAUGACAUACAUGCAUAAAUUGUUCUCCCUAGUAAGCUUUGAUUCAAAGUGAGACUUCUAGGAUAUAUUCAUAUUUGUAAUGUAGCUUCCCCCCACUUUUUAAAAACACAUCCGUGCACCCGAAAGAUCAGUAUUCCAGGACACUGCUCAGCCAUCUAAGAUCUCCAACUACAAUGUCACAGCAUUUUAAAUGCUGCUUCAGGGCAAUUUAGUAGUUAUGAACACUUAAAGAGUUGCCAACUGGGCAGGAAAGAAGGCAAAGUAAUUGUCUUGUAAAAUCAAAGCAACUCUUAAAGGUUGCUAAAUCUGAAUUUCUUGCUCCUUAAGAACUAAAAAAAAUCCUUAGGAUCAAAACAAUCAGUGUCAAAUUAUACCAAUAUUUCCCCUUGGUCCAAAGGAGAAAAGAAAAAUUUCUUCCAGCUGAAUGAAAUGGUGACUUAUUUGGAUGAAAUUUUUCUAUGCCUCAUUCCUUUCCGUGGGACAAAUGUCUCAGCAGGGAAGAACAUUAUUUUGUACUAUAGCUUGUCUACAUAUCAAAAUGGAGAGAGGAUGUGGCUCCAGCAUUGUUAUGGGGAAGUGGAAUUUCUUUUUUUCAAAAAAUUUUUUUUAGAUAUAGCCAUUGGUUCCUCUUAUUUUAUUUUUCUCUUUCAAAAGGAGAAUUUCUUUUUAUGUUUUUCUUUUUAGUUUCUUGUAGAGAUGGGCAUGAACCACAUGUCACAUUUCACGAACCACGAACUUUCACGAACCUGCCUCGGUUCACGGACCAGUUUGUUUUUGGUUCGUGAAAAUGUCACGUCCGGGUCAGCAGAAGGUCUACAGAAAUCCCAACCCAUGUUGCCUAGGAAACUGAUUGAUUGGCACCAGCCAAAAAAUGAACUGCCCUAAAGUUCAUGGCGGUUCAUCAGAAAUGGAGUCUGACAAACCGCUGGUUCAUGAAUCACGAACCGGCCUGGUUCAUGACGAACUUUGGUUUGUAUUUCGGUUUGUGCCCAUCUCUAGUUUCCUGUUAUACUUCUGUGCACACUGCUGUAACUUCAUCCCUUAUAAGAUUUUUUUAAAUGUUACAUAUCAUAGGAUGCUCCAGCAGGAGGGUAGAAAGGUUCAGGAAGCAUAUACGGAAUUUCAUAGUAUAAACUUUUGAAAGUCAGAAUUCCCUUCAUCAGAAACGAGUAGGAAGGGUGAAUAGGAAGGGAUAUCCCUGAGCCUUAUACCCUUUUCAACUGAAAAUGUCAUCAGUCUCUAAGGUGCCACUGGACUCAAAUCCUGCUGUUCUACUUCAGAUCAAAAUGGCUAUGCACCUAAAUAUAUAUAAAAUGUAAUUCUGAAAUUUUGUAGAAGCUCCUUUCCUGCCCCUCCUCUCCUUGAAUUUCUCUUCUGAUCAAACAAGGUGCCAAAUUUCUAAAAAGAAGAAAAUAAAGAUGUUGGAAAUUGGG